AAUCCCAGGUUUUUUAGUUCCCCGGGUCCGUUGGAUUUUAUGGUGGAUCGCUUUUCUCUCUUGCCCUGGAUAGCCUCCCUGGGAUUCCCCUAACUUUCUUUCUUCCAUUCCCAAUCGCCGAUUUCUUCGAUUUCGUUUGGACUUCCGAUAGAUUUCUGGAGCAAAACUUGGAUUUUUUCCGCGAUUCAUAGCUGGGAGGAUCGCCUAUUGGUUGCAGUGGACUGGAUCAAGACUGGAAUGUUUUCUGUAAGAUUGUGCAUUUGAGGUCGUGCGACUUUGUUUAGAGAUGGUAUCUGUAAACCUAGGUGUUCUUCAUUAUGUACUGGACCACAUCUAUGGGGCAUUUCUCCACCGGACAAAAUUAAGCACACCAUUUUUCUCACGGGGAUGGGGAGGGAGCAAGCUUGAUCUCUUGGAGAGAAUGGUAAAGCAGCUCUUUCCAGAAGCUGCCGCCCAGAAUUGGCCACCCAAUCUAGUCCAGCCUAUCUGGAAAACAGUAUGGGAGACAAAGAAUGCAUGCCUGAGGGAGGGUGUUUUCAGGACACCUUGUGAUGCGCAACUAAUUGAUGCAUUGCCUCCUGAGAGUCACAAUGCCAGGGUUGCUUUCCUUGCACCAAAGUUUGUUCGACCACAGAAGAUGGCUUGCGUUGUUCACCUAGCAGGCACUGGGGAUCAUACAUUUGAGCGACGGCUGCGGCUUGGUGGUCCGUUGUUGAAGCAAAACAUAGCAACAAUGGUGCUUGAAAGCCCAUUCUAUGGACAUCGACGUCCUGGACUGCAACAUGGUGCAAAGCUUCUAUGUGUGAGUGACUUGCUACUGUUAGGAAGAGCCACUAUCGAGGAAGCCCGCAGCCUCCUGCACUGGUUGGAGGUUGAAGCUGGUUUUGGCAAGACAGGCAUAUGUGGGCUUAGCAUGGGAGGUGUACAUGCUGCAAUGGUUGGAUCUCUGCAUCCCACACCGAUCGCCACUCUACCAUUUCUUGCUCCACACUCUGCUGUUGUGGCUUUCUGUGAAGGAAUCUUAAAGUAUGCCACUGCUUGGGAGGCACUGAGAGAAGAUGCAGCACAAAAGGCUGGAAUGACACUUGAGCAAGUUAGAGAGCGAUUGCAGUCAGUUUUGUCACUGACUGAUGUUACUCGCUUCCCAAUUCCCAAAAAUCCUCAGGCUGUCAUAUUUGUGGCUGCUACAGAUGAUGGCUAUAUUCCUAGACACUCUGUCUUGCAGCUCCAAAGAGCGUGGCCAGGCUCAGAAGUAAGGUGGGUCACCGGAGGGCAUGUCUCAUCUUUUCUUCUACACAAUGAUGCAUUUCGCAAGGCAAUUGUUGAUGCCCUCAACAGAUUAGAAUGGAGAGAAUCAUAACGAUAACCCAUCGAGUCAAGGGGCUCAUAAUCAUCGUAUUUGUUUACUUGUUGAUUUGUUCUGAUGAGUUGUAACUAUAACAGUUCUUAUGGCUGAUUUCAUGGCUCCCUUGAAGGGGAAAGAGGGAACAAGGGUAAGUUGGAGCCGAAUGGCUCCAAUUUUUUGCCUAGAUUAUUUCAGAAAGCGCUUCCCUGAUGAAAAGGGGAAGGUUGUACAUGAACUUCAUGCAACAUGAAUGCAGAUGAUUUGUGAAGUAUGAUUCUCUGUUA